AUGGCAGGUCACGGCGAGUCAUCAACCGCGGCUAGUUCAAGCACACCGUCUGCCCUGGGAGAGGUCGGCUUGGUCGACCCGGCCAACUCUGAGCGCAAGUUUUAUCGUGAUAAGGAGACCGGGCUACAACGCGAAAUUUGGCGGCCAGGUUGGUGUAGACAAGUGCCCACUCGGGUCAUCAUGUUCCUAACACACGUGCAGGCGAUGGAGACGGCGAGCAGACGACCGACUACUUCGAACGCAUAGGACCUCCUUUACCUAUUGAAAAGCGCUGGCGACUGUUCCAAAGCGACAUUGGUCCUAUUACUGCCAAGAACCAGCCCCCUCGUUUUGUGAUCCUAGACGACCGCGCCGCUUUCGAAGUCCUCAAAUCCGAUAUUCAGCGCGCGAAACUGGUGCACCACUGGCCACAUGAUUUUGGAGGUACUGGGAAACUUCGAAUUCGGCGUCCCCACCGUGGUCGCGCUGCUAUCAAGGACCCAAGUGCUGAAGGAGAUGCGAAGUUCGAAAGUACACAGCCUGGCAACAAGAAGGAUUAUUACUUCACCGGAGUGAAAGAUUUCCAAUCCAUCAAGUACCGAUACGAGCCACCGAAGCCCGAAGAGAAGCGCAAGAAGCGCAAGCCUUCCCGCGAUGAAGAAGACUACAAUCCUAGAGGCCACGGCCACAAUCAGUACACACCGAAGGAUAUGCUGGUAAAGCACGGGGCUCCGAGCUUCAGCUUGAAAGAGCCCCAAGCGCCUCGCCUCAGCGGUCUCAUGCGUCGGAAGCCUGAGCCACGACAUAUCCGGAAUCGAGCAAUUGCGGAGAAUGCACAUUUCUCUGUACAACGUGAGGCUCUCCGACGUCAAGGAGACGCAGAGCCUCCUCAAGCACGAGAAGAGCACAAGGAGCGGCGCAGACUGAGGGAGCAGGAUGCAGACUACAGGGAUGUGGGAUUGGCGCUUGGUUUCGCAUCCUUUCCAGACGACGGCGAGGAGUCUGACGAGCCUGUGCCUUUUCGCCGCCCGGAUUCAAAACCCGUGAGAGAUGACACGCCCGACUUCUCCGUCUCCCAGUCGGAACUUCAGAUACCUCGAAAAAUGGGCUUCAUCGAGCGUCGCGCAUUCGAGCAGAAACUCGCGGAACAGACAAUCGCAAGUAUAGCUACGAACGAGGAUGUCACUCGGAUUGCCAACGAACUCGCACAGGCCAAUGUCAAGUUGCAGCAGCAAGCCGAACAGAUUGAGCGGCUAACGGCGGAGCUCGAGGAAGCGCAGACCGUAGACAGUGCUUGGCAAGUCGAAGCUGAAGCCGCUCAAGACCGCGUAGCUGAGUUGGAGGCGAGGAAUGCCGAGCUUGAGAAGCAGCUCGAAGCUCGGGAUGGCCUCCUCGAGGCUGUGCAGGAGGAUGCGCGGGUGGAAAUAUAA